GAGGCCCCUACAGUACCCACUGCCCAGAGGAUUCCCCCAAUACUUCCUGUACAGUGUUCGGGGUCAGGGGGCCGAGGUUCCGGUGCUCGGCAAGCCGCUUCUAUGGAACCCUGCGCUGGAGGCACUACAACCACGGAUCCCGCUAAGGUUACUCCUGCUGGCCUUGUGCCGAAGACUAGCAACCCUCGGCAUCGAAAGGUGGAUAGUGAAAAUCGGGCUUUCAAGGAGCGUUGGGAGAUGGAUUACUUGUUUGUGAAAACAAAGAAUAAGCCUCAGUGCUUGGUAUGUUUCCAGAUCCUGGCCGUCUGCAAGGAGUACAAUGUAAAAAGACACUACGUGUCCCAGCACGAGUUCCAGUUCUCCAAGUAUACCGGGGAACUGAGGCUUGCCGUGAUCAAUGACUUGAAAAGCAAACUGAACAGCCAAGCCCCCUUGUCUGCACCAGCCAUAAACACGGAAAAGGCCGCCAUAAAGGCCUCCUUCCUGAUCUGCGAGGAGAUUGUGAAAAGGAAAAAAGCGUUUAGCGACGGCGCCUUUAUCAAGGAAUGCGCUGUGAAAAUGGCUCGCGCUUUCGGUAACGAAGAAAUGGCGAAAAGCUUCGAGUCGGUUUCGCUCUCCCACCAGACCGUGGCCCGACGCAUCUCCGUCAUGGAUCAGUACGUCACGCAUAAAGUCCACGAGGCCGUCAAGAACUGCACUUACUUCUCCAUUGCCGUAGACGAAAACGUGGACCUAACGGGCACCAAUCAGCUGAUCAUCUGCGUCCGCACGGUGGAUGAGAACUUUAAUACCUCGGAGGAAUUGCUGCAUCUGACUCCCCUGCAAGGACUCGCACAAGACGCAGACGUUUACGAAGAGAUAAAGAUCGCCCUGGGAGAUUACGGCGGCUUGGAACGGUGCAUAAGCAUUAUGACGGACGGUUGCAAAUCUACAACGUUGAAAAACGCCGGGCUCGCCGCGCUGCUUAAGAGAGAUGGUUUCGGGUGCUUGCUAUUACACUGCAUCGUACACGAGGAAGGUUUGGUGGGAACCUUGUUAAAAAUGGCGGAUGUCAUGGAAGUUGUUAUAAAGGUAACAAAUUUGAUCAGAGACAAGAAAUGCGGUGUAACCCGCAGGAGGUUUAAGGCGCUCUUGGAGGAACUGGAAGCAGCUAGUUCUGAUUUGCCCCAAAACCGGAACCUCCGGUGGUUGAGCGAAGGAAGCUACCUCUGGAAAUUCUUCAAGUUCCGAAAGGAAAUGUAUCUAUUUCUGGCCGAGCUGAAAUCAGACCCGGUCUUAGAGAUGCGCCUUUGUGACACAGACUUCCUGUGCUCUCUGGCCUUCCUAACGGACAUCACGCAAAGUUUAAACACCCUCAACAAGAACCUGCAGGAGAGGGAGCAGAACAUUAGCCAGCUCUACAAGCAUAUUUCUGCCUUCAGGAACAAGCUCAUGCUCUUAAAACUGAAUCUAUUAAGGAACGAGCUGAUACAUUUUAGUUGCUGCAGCGAACUUUUUUACGAGAUGAAAGAAAAUGGAAACCUUUUACACUUUAACAGGUUUAUCCCAAAGAUUGAGAUCCUGAUUGAGAACUUCAGUGCGAGGUUCCAGGAAUUUAAUGAGCUGAACUCCAGCUUCAGAUUGUUCAGUAGUCCCCUCACUGCGGACAUUGUUGCUGCAGAUGUCCAUUAUCAAAUGGAAUUAUGUGAAGUACAGGCAGAUGUGUUCCUGGCUUCCCGGGCUGAGUCCGGGGUACCCUUCUUUAAGCUUCUUCCUAGAGAAAGGUACCCGAAUUUACGGGACUUGGGACUAAAAAUUUCCUCGAUGUUUGGCAGUACCUAUAUUUGUGAGAAAGCCUUUUCUGAUUUGAAUCAUAUCAAGUCCAAAUACAGGAAUAAUAUCUCGAAUCGCACACUCCUACAAGCACUGCGUUUGUCCACAACCAAUCUUAAGGUGGACGUUGAUGAAUUGUUGUCACAGCCGACCCAUUAAAAGAUAUUUUGUUUCCAUUACACUGACAUAGACAGUAACUACAG